AUGCGUCACAUCGCGCGGGAAGCCUCAGGCUGGCUCGGCCACCACGUGGAGCAGCCGCGCUUUGUGGCUUUGGCGUCAGGCGACGAGCCGGUCAUAGCCUACUCGACCCUGCUGGCGUCCUUCCCCACCCCCGACGGCCAGGUGCCCAAGGCGGUCCUGGCAGCAAUGCAGGGCAAGUUCGCCAUCGACUUGACGACAGACGCCGCCGCCCGCGGCUUGACGCAGCAGGGCCUCGAGAGGAUCCUCGAGUCCACCGGCGACGCUCGCUUCGAUGGGAGGGUGGUUGAGAGGCUGGCCAUCCCCAGAGAGGCGGUGGUGGAGGGCUUGGCGACGUCGCAUCCUACCGUUCUGCACCUCUAUGCCUUCUACAACGUCCCGGCGGACUCCUGGGAGCGCUUGGGCGCGAGCCUGGACAGCGACCGCCUGCGGAAGGUGAACCUCGAAUGGUGCUUCCGCGCUUCUGGCGAGGGCUCCAAGGCGCUGCUGGCCGGGCUGGCGCGGUGCUGGAAGCUGAAGGACCCGCCGACUUCCGAGUUCCGAGAGCUGGCGAUGGACGGUUGCGAAGAAGUCCCGGGCGAGGCCUGGGCGGAGCUCGGAGCCGCGGAGUGGCCGGAACUCCGGAAGGCGAGGUUCAAGUGGUGUUUCUACUCAAGCGGCUCGGGCUCGGGGGAGGAGCUGCUGGCAGCUUUGGGCCGCUCCCGGCAGCUGGAGGCCUCGGAGAGAAGAGAGCCCCACUCCUUUUUGCUUCCGUCCCGUCCCGGCAGCGGCCGCCAGGAGGUGGAUUUCGAUUGGUGCGAGAAGAUCCCCGACGCGGCCUGGGAGCUGCUGGGCGACGGGGCGUGGCCUCGCCUCCGCGUUGCCGAAGGCGUCCCGGAGGAGCACCUGCAGCGCCUGCGCGAAGCUUCUCUGGACCUCGAAGCGGGUGCAGGCGGGUGGAGCAUGAGAAGCGUGCGUUGGGGCACUCGUUUCGUCUCUGGCUCUGGCUUUAAGUUCCCCCGCGUCAGUCGAGAGAUCCGGAGCGACCGCACUGUGCGUGCCUCAUGUGCUGCUACAGGAAAUAUAAGAUUAAGUACUGUAGGAAUGCGAGGCAUGCAUGGAUGGAUGGAUGGAUGGAUGGAUGGAUGGAUGGACGCAUGCGUGGAUGUCUGUCUGGGGACCGGAAGCAGUAGCUACAGCUAG